UUAAGGCUGAUAGCACUGAACUGGAGAUGGAAAGAGGUCAGGUCCCAGACAACAGCGACGCCUUCCUCAACAAGGACGUUGAUCAGCAGGCUGCAACUGUGGGGAUGCUGGAGCACCUGUCUGCUCCUGUGGUGGAGGCGAUGCAGAGCCCGGUGGCCGCGGACGACAGCAACAUCACCAACAACACUGACGUGGAACUGCAACUGGGAGCACUCCUCGACAACAUUCUGCAUUUCGCAAGGCCGUUGGAGAAGGUCACCAUGGAGGCCAUUCAGGACCUCAUCGAGCACGGCGAGCAGGGUGCCCCAGCCCAGAAGAAGGAUGCCAUCCACAGAGACCUCAUCGGCACCCCCGGCACCCCAGGUCUGGUGGCCUAAGUGCCAUGCUCAGGGGGUUAUAAUUCGAUGUUAAGCUCUCCUUGCACGAGAGUUGGGGCCAAGUGUCCCAUGUAUCGGCAGUCAGUUGUGGUCUUUAGAGCCUGGCAUGACUUUGUUUUCAUGUUUUUAAGCGGACUUUUGCUUUGUAUGUUCGACACCUGCUGGCCCUGGAGCCUUCGGUGGUAUUGGUGGGUUGCCUGCUGGCCUUGGAGCCUUCGGCAAAAAAACUGUAAGACUUGGUGGGUGAACCUGGACCUGCUGGCUUUGUUGCCUUCGGCCCGCCCUAACGCUGCUUGCUGUUUGCUUGGUAACUGGAAGAACCUCAUGUUCAGACUGCUAUGGA